AUGGCAGCCCUUGCUUCUGCGGACCUGGAAGCCUGGCUGGCUAGCUAUGAUGCCAGGCGAGCACUCGCAGAUGAGCAGCCCCAGCUGCUUGAGAUUCAUCAUCCGCAGUUCCAUUCGGCCUUGGACGCAGAGACCGUAAAUGUGACACAAACCCAAAUGGUUAGUGCAGCCGAGCGCAGUGCCUGGGACAGCGUUCUCACAGCGUGGAUGCCUCAACAGUUCCGUGGCUUCCUUGGUCCCGCGCGUAGCGGCGAUCUUGCCUUGGAGGUGGACCGUGAGGAGCAACCAGGCUCUUUGGCAAGUGCCAUGGACCUCCUUCGAGACAAGGUCGACAACUACUUCGGCUGGUCCAAGAAGUGUCUGGAUAAGUCGUGGCUGGCCAAGCGUGGUGCCGCGCAGGCCACCAUGCUCAUCCUGGACGUAUGUGCGGACGAUGCCAGGUCCGAGCUCCUGCAAACAAAGGUUUUCACCCUGCUGUUGGGCGAGCGAUAUCGCAGCCAUGCUGAUGUCUUGUUCAAAUACACACAGGGAGCAUGGCAGACCGCGGGAGGAGGCUCUAUUUCUGCUCCGGACUUGGAAUUUCUGAUUUUGUCUUUGCGCCGUGCUCAAGCCUACUUCUGGGCCAUGGGCAGGAAUGAGGUAUCCCGGGACUUCGACACGGUGGCAUGGGAGUUGCGCGUGAUGCCCGGAGUUGCUUUCUCCGAUUGCUGCCUGGCGAGAUUAUUGCCUCUGUUCAGUCUGUUCCAGCUUCCCUGCUUUCUGACCACCGCCGGCGGUCAUGUGACACAGGCAAAGAAAGACCCCCGCCACGGCUGCUACAUCUACGUUCCGGUAAGCUUGGCUUGGACUGCAACAGACCAUGAUCGCAGGCGUAUGGUGGAGCGCGAGUUCCAGCAGCAAGGCCACAACUUCUUCCAGUGCGUCAUGCUGACUUUCGACGAGGUUCGCCCAGGUCAAGGUCUUCUGGAAGACGUUUUCAAGGUCUUCGUGGGCGGGGGCUACAUGCCUUUGAGACGCAACCACGAGGCGGAAACACGGUAUGCUUCGUGGGAGUAUUGUGCGAAGGCCUGGCUCAUGAACUCCGGGGACAUACCCCAUGUGCCGACUGCCAUGGAGACCUCGCAUGCGAGACGCUUUCGUUGCACCUUCCUGCGGAACACCUUGACCUACGAGUCGGGAGAGGUCUCCAUAAAGGAUCGGAUCUUCGCGGCGGACGCGGAUGCCAAGAGCUUCUGUUCAUCGCCGUCAGCUGUUUGGGUCUUCUACCACGACUGGCUGUUCCCAUACAUGACCCGGCGUACACCGUCGCAGUGGUACGAAGCACUGGCGCAUGUGGCGACAGGGAGCCAGACGGCCAAGGACACAGACUGGCUGCUGCGACGCCUGGCUCGCGUUACAGAUACAUCCUCCCCUGACGAGCAGCCGGAGGGUCCGAAGAACUCUUGCGGCUCUGCUGCAGCUGCUGCUGCAGAGCGGCUUGUGCGGGAGGCCCACAGCCUCGUGACCACCGCCUUCUUUGCACCCUCGGCCAUCAACAGAGUGGCUGCCGACUACAACCCCGGAGUCGGUGCGCGAAGUAAAGGCAGCACCAAGAAGUUGAGGGUGGAGUACCUUCAAGAAGCCAUCCAGAAGUGGCCCCAUCUGAUCCGGCAAUGCAGCGCUGUUGCUGGGAAACAGCUCAAGUUCCAGCGCAGGUCGGUGGACCCGGUGGCCAUGGACUUGGCUCUCCAACUGGAAGACGAUGGUCCCGAAGCGGUGUUUGGCACGUGGGCAGAGUGGACGUGGCCCACGGACUUGACAGGGGAGCCGAUUGCAGACAUAUUCUACGAAGGUGAAGAUGCCAAGGCGUGGCCUGAUGCGAGGACGGACUGGCGCGUGGCUUGCCAUGUCGACCUGUCUCGCCUCGAGGCUUAUGCGGCCAGUAGACAGGAUUGUCGCCAGGAUCAGGUGGAGCAGUUCUUGCAGCACGUGCAACGGCAUGGGCGGCCUGACACCUCAGGCCACGUUGCCAUUGAUCACGCUCCUUAG